AUGACCGUGGUGUCCACAGAGAACAUGGACGAGACCUCCACCCUCCCGGGUCACCCUCAGGACCCGUAUCCGCCCGACGACGACCACGACGACCACGACUGCUGCGAGCGCGUCGUCAUCAACAUCUCGGGGCUUCGCUUCGAGACGCAGCUCAAGACGUUGGCUCAGUUUCCGGAGACGCUGCUCGGGAACCCCAAGAAGAGGAUGCGCUACUUCGACCCGCUACGGAACGAGUACUUCUUCGACCGGAACCGGCCCAGCUUCGACGCCAUCCUGUAUUAUUACCAGUCAGGGGGUCGGCUGAGGAGGCCGGUCAACGUUCCACUGGAUAUGUUCUCAGAGGAGAUUAAGUUCUACGAGCUCGGCGCCGAGGCCAUGGAGAAGUUCCGUGAGGAUGAGGGGUUCAUCCGGGAGGAGGAGCGACCACUUCCGGAGAAGGAGUUCCAGCGGCAGAUCUGGCUCCUGUUCGAGCAUCCAGAGAGUUCUGGUCCGGCCCGGGGGAUCGCCAUUGUGUCGGUGAUGGUUAUUCUUAUUUCUAUCGUCAUAUUUUGUUUGGAGACGUUGCCGGAGCUGAAGGAGGACCCCAGCUACCGGAUGCAGACGGUGGGAAACACCACCGUGCUUUACAAACCCAACGUCCUCACAGACCCUUUCUUCGUGGUAGAGACGCUCUGCAUCAUCUGGUUCUCCUUUGAGCUGAUAGUUCGGUUCUUUGCGUGUCCCAGUAAGGCGGCGUUCUUUAAGAACAUGAUGAACUCCAUCGACAUCGUGGCCAUCAUCCCGUACUUCAUCACUCUGGGCACCGAGCUGGCCGACGACCAGGAGAACCGAGAGGGGAAAGGCGGCGGCGAACAGGCCACGUCUCUGGCUAUUCUCAGGGUCAUCCGCCUGGUCCGGGUCUUCCGGAUCUUCAAGUUGUCCCGCCACUCCAAGGGGCUCCAGAUCCUGGGCCAGACUCUGAAGGCCAGCAUGAGGGAGCUGGGGCUGCUCAUCUUCUUCCUCUUCAUUGGAGUCAUCCUCUUCUCCAGCGCCGUCUACUUCGCCGAGGCCGAGGAGAAGGAGUCCUUCUUCACCAGCAUCCCGGACGCCUUCUGGUGGGCCGUGGUCUCCAUGACGACGGUCGGUUACGGGGACAUGUACCCCGUCACCAUCGGAGGGAAGAUCGUGGGUUCGCUGUGUGCCAUCGCCGGCGUGUUGACCAUCGCGCUGCCGGUUCCGGUCAUCGUGUCCAACUUCAACUACUUCUACCACCGGGAGACGGAGGGCGAGGAGCAGGCCCAGCUGCUCAACGUCAGCAACCAGAACCUGGCGUCCGACACCAACUCCAGCCGGCGCAGCUCGUCGGUCGUCAGCAAGUCGGAGUACAUGGAGAUCGACGAGGACAUGAACAACAGCAUCGACAACUUUAGGGAAGCCAACCUCAGAACUGCCAACUGCACAGCGCCGAGCCAGAACUGCGUGAACAAGACGAAGCUGCUCACCGACGUGUGAGGCGGCAGCAACGCUCCUGUAAAUAUGUAGAAAUACCCGGAUGCUUUACUCCUACUGGUGCAUUCGACUCUCUCUGCAUCCGUUCAGACGUGUGAAGACUUUCCGUUGAUGUUAUUCAGAGAUUUGUUUGGCAAUAGCACAAAGAUGAGCAGGUAUUUUUGAUGAAUUACUCUCUAAAUUUAGUGACUUGUGCCCUCGAAUUCUCUCCCUAAAUUAAAGGAACUCCUCUGAUCUAGAGUCGCUUCAACCUAAACUGCCAUUUUUCGGCAGAAAUAUUCUCUACAACAGACCCGACGGAGUUCCCCUUUAACAGCAAUAGCACUGCCACUUUGCACCGAGAUACUUCAGAUAGAAGCGCUUCAAACGGUUUGCAGACGAGCCGGUCAACGAUGCAAGUUUAACGUGAUGCAGGUUUAUUUAGCGGCACUUUCCAAUGACAAGAUGAUUUAUUGCACUUUAAAAACAGGCAUUAGAAGCAGCUGCAGGAUUUACAGAGAACAAAGCAGGAAGGGAUCGUUACUUUACUCAAAUAUCUGCAUCAGAAAUGAUCAGAAAACUGUGAAAAACGUUGAUCAGUUUCCUCGGAUGUCUCGUUUCAUCCAAAGAGAGAAAGAAAAUGGAAAAUAUUUUAGUGUUUUUACUGAAAUGUUCUUUCACCCUCCUGUUGUCUUCAUUUACAGGCACCAAAAGAUAUUGUUUCCUUGUGUGGGAAGUAUACAAAAAACCAGCAGAAAAAAUCCCCUAAAUUUCAGAAAAUUUGCAAAAAUCUUCAGGAAGAAAAUUCUAAUAAUUCCUUAAGUUUCCCUUAAAAGUUUUAUUUAAAAAAAAAAAAAACUAAUUUGGCAAGAAAAUUCUUGUAAAUAUUUA